CCCGCCCCCGACGCCCGGGGCUGGGUACCGGGACCUCAAAGCGCUCCCGCUCCGCUCAGGCUUCAGUCUGCGGUGGACGGUUCCCGUUGCGCUUUCCUUUGGGUCCGCUUCUGGCGCCAUGCCUUCUGCUACGUUGAAGUCUAAGCGCCUGCGCCGGGUGUUCGUGGUCGGCGUGGGCAUGACCAAGUUCAUGAAGCCUGGAGGUCAAAAUUCAAGAGAUUAUCCUGAUAUGGCAAAGGAAGCAGGCCAGAAGGCAUUGGCAGACGCCCAGAUCCCUUAUUCCACUGUGGAGCAGGCAUGCGUUGGCUAUGUGUACGGGGACUCUACCUGUGGGCAGAGGGCUAUCUAUCACAGUUUGGGAUUGACCGGCAUUCCAAUAAUCAAUGUCAACAAUAACUGUUCCACUGGUUCAACUGCUUUGUUUAUGGCCCGGCAACUGAUUCAAGGAGGUGUGGCAGAUUGUGUGUUGGCUCUUGGGUUUGAGAAGAUGGAGAAGGGAUCCCUUGGAGUAAAAUUUUCAGAUCGAUCCAAUCCAAUUGACAAACAUCUUGAUGUCUUGAUCAAUAAGUAUGGAUUGUCUGCCCACCCUAUUGCUCCACAGAUGUUUGGGUGUGCUGGGAAAGAGCAUAUGGAAAAAUAUGGAACAAAAGUUGAACACUUUGCAAAAAUUGGAUGGAAAAAUCACAAACACUCAGUUAAUAACCCGUAUUCCCAGUUCCAAAAUGAAUACAACUUAGACGAAAUAAUGAGAUCAAAAACGGUUUUCGAUUUUCUGACUGUCUUGCAAUGCUGUCCCACCUCAGACGGUGCUGCGGCGGCAGUUUUGGCUAGUGAAGAAUUUGUACGCAAGUAUGGCCUGCAAGCCAAAGCUGUGGAAAUCGUGGCACAGGAGAUGGUGACCGAUUUGCCAAGCACAUUUGAAGAAAAAAGCGUUAUUAAAAUGGUUGGCUAUGACAUGAGUAAAGAAGCUGCCAGGAGGUGCUAUGAGAGAUCCGGCCUGAGACCGAGUGACAUCGAUGUGAUAGAGCUCCAUGAUUGCUUCUCCGCCAAUGAACUCCUUACUUACGAAGCACUGGGGCUCUGUCCAGAAGGACAAGGCGGAGCACUGGUUGACAGAGGAGAUAACACAUAUGGAGGAAAGUGGGUCAUAAACCCUAGUGGUGGACUCAUUUCCAAGGGACACCCACUGGGAGCGACAGGUCUGGCUCAGUGCUCGGAGCUCUGCUGGCAGCUGAGAGGCGAAGCCGGAAAGAGGCAGGUUCCUGGGGCAAAGGUGGCUCUGCAGCACAAUUUAGGCCUCGGAGGAGCCGUGGUGGUUACACUCUACAGGAUGGGUUUUCCUGAAGCUGCCAGCUCCUUCAGAGCACACCAGAUCGAGGCUGCGCCCACCAGCUCUGCAGGUGAUGGAUUCAAGGCAGAUCUUGUCUUUAAGGAGAUUGAGAAGAAGCUUGAAGAGGAAGGGGAACAGUUCGUGAAGAAAAUCGGUGGUAUUUUUGCCUUCAAAGUGAAGGAUGGCCCUGGGGGCAAAGAAGCCACCUGGGUGGUGGACGUGAAGAAUGGCAAAGGAUCAGUGAUUCCCAACUCAGAUAAGAAGGCUGACUGCACCAUCACCAUGGCUGACUCGGACUUGCUGGCUUUGAUGACUGGGAAAAUGAAUCCUCAGUCGGCCUUCUUUCAAGGUAAACUGAAAAUUGCUGGUAACAUGGGUCUGGCGAUGAAAUUGCAGAACCUUCAGCUUCAGCCUGGCAAAGCCAAGCUGUGAAGAGCUCCCUCUGGCAACCUCAGAGCACACGAUGAGAUGUGUAGAUAUGUAGAUAUCCACGCCUCAUUGUCAGGGCUUAGACUGACACUUCCUGGAUAGCAUGAGGUAGAUUUGUUGCUAAGUGGGUGUGGCCAAUCGAGUUUUUCCUGAGCUGGGGGCGAAUAGGGCCUCCCAGACUACUGCUGCUGCUACUGCUUUGAGAACUUGAGUACAACUGUGCAUGACAGAGCUACUGUGUCAAUGAUGGUUUGGGGUAAAUUCCGUUUCAGAAUAAAAUUCAGCACAGUAAAUCUAAAGACUGUAAACAAAGCUUUUGUUUUGCUUGGAAGUAUAUUUAAGGAUCAUUGUGCGGAACGCGUGGUGUGAGAGUUCCCCUUGGGGGACUGGAGAAGAAACAGACUUCCAUAGUUACCAGGAGUUAGUGUCUCACCCUUAAUUACCUGCAUCAAGUUCUCAUUAAUAGUUCUUAAAAUAAAAUUCUGUACUAAGUUUAAAAAGAAAGGAAAACUUUGAAAAUGUGUAUCUCAUGCCACCAGAAACAGUUCUUUUCUUCCCAAGUAAAAUACAAGAAUUAUGGUCAGAGCUUAGGAGGGAAUUCACAGCUGAACAGAACUGUUUUUAAAAUAUUUUUUUAAAUGGGCAUCCUUUGAAAAAUCAGGGUACUAGAGCCAUUGGAUGCCAUUGCUAAAGAUACUAGAAUAAAGUUUCUUCCAGAGGGACAGGUUUCAAAUUCUAACUUCCUAUUAAUAAGUUGAUAAACUGAGUCUCACAAUUUUCACACAUUUGAUUGUCUACAUCUCUCUUUCUUCCUAGUUUUUCUGAUUCUAAUGUUCUUUGUUAUAACUUAGGUUUGGAUAAAAAUAAUGCUUUUGGAAGAUUUAAAAAGAAAAUUAAAAUAGCUCUUCCUAUCUCCGUU